UGUUCCUGUGUCUACCUGACUCGUGGCUGCCUUUAGAAGAGAUUGUUGCUCUGUGACAUGUUUAGAUAGUUAUGAUAAAGCCAUCAGUUAUAAGUUCAAUUAUGUUUUGCUUUUACGCCUCCCUAAGAGAAAACUCAAUCCGCGUCUGACCAAUGUGCAAACACAAAACCAGCUUUGGGAAUUAUCGAUUUUUUUUUUCUUUACCUUUGGACUAACAAACACAGAGGGAGCUGUUCUCUGACUGUCAGAGAAACUUGUCUGGUUAUGUUUUCACCAUGAAUGAAAGCUGUUGAAAUGGAAAAUCCAGAAAUCAAAAAUCCACAAUUGAGAGUAAAAUGAUUUCUCAAGCACCAAUGGAAGUGGAGUGAGGAGAUGGCGCUUGGACAAGGCUCUAAGAAAUCUAUUUCAUGUGACCAGGGGGUCACUUCUGCUUCUCCGAACAGUUGGGUUGGAGAAGGGGGACUAUCUGUGGCUCAACAAACCCGGAGGACUCGGUGCUGCAAGUGUCUCCUGGCCUUCCUCCUCAUCAUCCUCAUAGCAGCAGGAGCCAUACUAACCUGGUACUUCCUAGAAUAUAGGGUUUGGGUGUUAGAGCCUCGGGUCCAGCAGCAGUACACGGCACACCUGUCCAUCCUCAACAGAAACUUCUCUGCUGAUCUGUCAUUACACAAUAGCCCUGCGUUCAAGAAAGAGGCCAGGGCAGUACAGAAAAUGGUAGAGAAGAUAAUGAAGGCCUCGACUCUUUCUCGAUACUUCAACUACACGACUGUGUUUGCCUUUGGGGACGGGAGUGUUGUGGCUCACUUCUGGAUAAUAAUGUCAGUGCCAAGCAGCCAUGUUGAGAGGAUAACACUAGGGAUGGUCACCAAUAGCCUGGAGACGGGCCUGAGGUGGUACAGAGGGUCAGAGGAGGAGGACACAGCCAGAUGUGAUGGAUACCUCCUCCACCUUCCCUCACUGUCUGUCACUGAAACCGACGCCAGAGUUAUAGAUCUUUUGAAAGCUUCAUUUGAUUGUUAUCGCUACCACAAGGUGGUUUCCAGUAGUCCUGUGGCUCUCCGUGGCCCCGACACACAACGUUCCUCCUGCCUGUGGCACCUCCAGACUGCCCCCGGCUUCCAGCUGGAGCUCCACAUGGAGUGGCUGCUGCCUGAGUGCCGGGACAGGCUGGUGGUGUACAACUCCCUGACCCCCACCGAUACUCAUCUCAUCACCUCUGUGUAUGGCUGCAGCAGACAUGAGCGUGUGGUGGGCGUCCUGUCUUCAGGCGAAUGGUUAACUGUGGUUUGGAAACAGGGUCUGUACAACUACAAGGACCCCUUCUCGCUGUCUGCCCAGGCCUGGGACCACCAGGAUUGUAACUCCACUAUAGAGCUGAAGUCAGUAUUAGGUGUCCAGGGGACACUGAGGACACCUUUUUUUCCGAGCUACUAUCCCCCUGACACUAACUGUACCUGGAGCUUCAUUAUGCCCAGUUUGGGGUUGGGUUUGUCUCUAGAAUUUGAGGGCUACGAGCUGAGCAGAGCCGCCUACAACCAGGCCUGCACACAGGGACAGUGGAUUAUCCAGAACCGUAGGCAUUGUGGUGUCAGGAGCCUGCAGUCAUACAGUGAACGCCUCUUCUCACCGAUAGCCACUGUUGUCAUGACAUCAGAGGUAUCACUCACAGGGCCGGGCCUUCAGCUGCAAUACAGCGUCUUCAACCUGUCAGAUCCUUGUCCAGGCCAGUUUCUGUGCACCGUUAAUGGCCUGUGUGUUCCUGCCUGUGAUGGAAUCAAGGACUGUCCAAAUGGUCUUGAUGAAAGGAACUGUGUGUGUGCGGGACAGUUCCAGUGUCCAGAGGACAGUCAGUGUGUUGAUUACUACAAGUUGUGUGACCAACACCCAGACUGCCCUGAAGCAACAGAUGAGAUGAACUGUACAGAUGGUGUGCAGUGUACAGAUAUGACCUAUGUUUGUGCUGAUGGAACAUGUCUGAAGAAGCCUAACCCAGAGUGCGACUUUGUCACAGACUGCCCGGACCAGUCAGAUGAGAAACAGUGUGAUUGUGGCCUCAGGCAGUUCUCCAGCCGAAUUGUUGGGGGUACCAACGCCACAGAGGGGGAGUGGCCGUGGCAGGUCAGCCUGCAGGUUCGAGGUACACACAUCUGUGGGGGCACUCUAAUCUCCAGCCAGUGGGUGGUGUCUGCUGCUCACUGUUUCUAUGACGACCGUCUGUACUCACCCUCAAUGUGGACGGUCUACCUGAGUAAACUCCUGCUCAACCGCAGCAGCCCCACUGAGGAGGUGGCUCGAGUUCAGAGGAUCCAUCUUCACCAAUACUACGAUGACGAGUCCCAUGACUUCGACCUGGCCCUCUUGAAGCUCGACCGGGUGGCAGUAUACGCUCGACCCGCUUGCUUGCCUCCAUCGACCCAUCAGCUGGAGCCAGACCUGCUCUGCUGGGUCACCGGCUGGGGGACUCUGCGUGAAGGAGGCAGUGCCAGUGUUGUGCUUCAGAAGGUAGAUGUUCGCCUGGUCAGUGAGGAAGCCUGUGUUCGAUCCUAUGGUCACCUGGUCACUCCCAGAAUGCUUUGCGCCGGUUACCGCACAGGAGACAAAGAUGCUUGUCAGGGAGACUCUGGAGGUCCCUUGGUUUGCCAGGAGCCGUCAGGUCGCUGGUUCCUGGCCGGUGUUGUUAGUUGGGGCCGAGGCUGCGGACGUCCAGACUAUUAUGGCGUCUACACCCGCAUCACCAGGCUCACUGACUGGAUCAAACAGGUCAUCAGCAGCCCCUGAGUCAUUGGUUAUCUUUAUCAUGUUUUAAAUCACUAUCCAAUGUCCUGAAAUUGGGGGCUGAUAAAACAUUACCCAUGCAAGAAGAAAAGGAACUGGUAGACAAAUGUUUUUAGGAUCAAAAGAUGGUAUGUGAAAUGCUUUAGUAACAAUCAAAUGGAAUGUUUGUAAAGAAUGGUGAUGGGGUUUAAUAAAAUAUUUGUAAAAUACUGUA